GGGGAGCCCGUUUAAGCGUUUUUCUUGUUUUUUUUUUGCUAAAGUUUUAUAAAACGUCGCCGUUGGGUGCCACGUCAUAUCUGCGCGCCGCUGUUGUUGUUGGGCUCGGCGGUUUGCGGUUGCCAUUAUGGUGGCAUUUCCGAGUUCACUGACUGAGGAAGAAGAGGCUUUGCAAAAGAAAUAUGCUAAACUCAAGAAAAAGAAAAAGGCACUGCUUGCCUUGAAGAAACAGAGUUCAACUAACCAGACAAACCAGAGUGGUUUAAAACGGACGUUGUCCGACCAGCCUGUCGUCGACACUGCUACUGCGACAGAACAAGCGAAGAUGCUCAUCAAGUCAGGUGCCAUCAGCGCCAUCAAAUCAGAAAACAAGAACUCGGGCUUUAAACGCUCCAGAAUGCUGGAGAUCAAACUGAAGGACCCUGAAAAAGGCCCAGUUCCUGCUUUCUUACCAUUUCAGAGGAGUGUCUCUACUGACGAUGACCAACCUGAGUCUGGAAAGAGAUCCCAGAGGAAAUCUCUAUAUGAGAGCUUCGUCAGUUCAAGUGACCGAUACCGGGACGAGGACGACGGUGGUGGCAUGUCCUCCAGCCGUGAUGUGGACCGGGACAGAGACAGAGACCGAGACAGAGAGCGAGAGCGAGAGCGAGAGCGUGACCGAGACGUGGAUAGAGAACGGGACCGGGACAGAGAGAGAGACCGGGAGAGGGAUCGAGACAGAGGCAGGGACAGAGAGAAGGACCGGGAGCGAGAAAGAGAGAGGGACCGAAGCAGAGACAGGGAUCGAGAAAGGGACAGAGAGAGAGACAGAGAGAGAGACAGAGACAGAGAUGGGCCUUUCAGACGGUCAGACUCGUACCCAGAGCGCAGGGGCGUGCGAAAGGGGAACACGGUGUACGUUUACGGCUCCGGGCUUGUCGAGGACAGCCUGCGCGCCGCUUUCGCUCAACACGGAAACAUCAUCGACCUCUCUAUGGACAACCCGCGCAACUGUGCUUUCAUCACGUUUGAGAAGAUGGAGUCUGCAGACCAGGCUGUGGCUGAGCUGAAUGGAAGCACGGUGGGAGACGUUCACAUCAAAGUCAGCAUCGCCAGGAAGCAGCCCAUGCUGGACGCCGCCACGGGAAAGUCCGUGUGGGCUUCACUGGCGGUGCAGAACAGCACGAAGGGCUCCUACAGGGACAAGAGGAACCAAGUGGUGUACAGCGAAGAUUUCCUGUGAGGAAACACUUCCAAGUUUUUGUUUUUGCUUCAACGAUCCGUUUGCCUGCUUCUUCUCAAGUAGAAAACAAAAACACAUUUUUUGUUGCAUUUUGGACCUGAUGAGCGUCAUUAACAUGGCUCGGAUGUGAUGAUGUAUGUGGCAGCUGUGCUUGUGGAGCUGGAGAUUUGUUUUGUCGAGCUCAAUAAAUAGUAGUCUUCUUUUUUUUUAUUAA